AUGAUGAUGAUGAUGAGGCUUCAAUUCUCUUUAGCCCUUUUCUUAAUUACCUUUUCAUGUGUUUCAUUUGAAUCAAAUGCAAAUGAUCAACAACACCUAGAAGGCUUCUUGAGCUGCCUUCAGAAGAAAAGCUCAAAAGACAACACACUCAUUUCCACCAUCAUCUACACUCCCAAAAACACAUCCUUCAAGUCUGCUUUGGAUUUCUACAUCCAAAACACGAAAUUUUUUGCCCCGGAAACACCAAAACCCGUUGCGAUUCUCACCCCGGAAACUGAAUCCCAGAUUCAAUCCGCCAUCUUCUGCGGUAAGAAGCAUGGAUUGGAGAUGAGAAUUCGAAGUGGAGGCCAUGAUUUCGAGGGCAAUUCCUAUGUUUCUCAGGUACCCUUUUUCGUACUCGACAUGUUCAACUUCCGGUCAAUCUCCGUCAACGUCGAAUCCAAGACUGCCUGGAUCGGAGCCGGUGCAACACUCGGUGAAACGUACUAUGGAAUUUAUGACAAGGCUAAGACUCUGGCAUUUCCCGGCGGUUAUUGCCCAACCGUCGGAAUCGGCGGUUUUAUCAGCGGUGGAGGCUACGGUGCAUUGACCAGAGAAUUCGGUCUUGCAGCUGACAACGUUGUCGAUGCUCGAAUCAUCGACGCGAAUGGUCGGAUUCUGGACAGAGAAUCAAUGGGUGAGGAUUUGUUCUGGGCAAUUCGAGGUGGGAUUGGCUCCAAUUUUGGAGUCAUUCUUUCCUACAAAGUGAAAUUGGUUGACGUUCCAGAGUACGUAACCGCAUUCAACAUCGUCAGAACAACCGAACAAAAUGCAGCUGAAUUGAUUCACAAAUGGCAAAAUGUUGUUUCCCAAUUGCCACUCAAACUGACCCUUUCCCUGGUUAUAUUCAGCGGCGUUUCGCCGCAAACCGGCAAGCCGACGGCUCUGGUGAUCUUUGCCGGGGUUUACCGCGAUGGUGGAGCUGAAAAAUUGCUCCAAAUCAUGGAUGACCAGUUCCCGGAAUUGGGUUUGAAGAAAGAGGACUUACUCGAAAUGCUCUGGAUUCAAUAUUUUCCUUUCCACAUGGCUCAGCCAUUCGAUAAGCCUAAAGAGUUCUUAACGAGCAGAGUUCCUCCAUUUAAAUUCUCUUUUGCAGGUAAAUCUGAUUUUCUCCAUGAACCCAUUUCAGUAGAAGGCGUGGAGAAGAUCCUCAACAAGAUUUCUGAGUUACCUCCGUUUAACGCACAAAUGGAAUGGACCCAUUUCGGAGGUGGGAUCAUGGACAAAUUCCCUGAAUCUGAAACUCCAUUUCCACACAGGAAGACCUUGAUUAUGCUGUUUGAGUCUGCUAAUUGGGCUCCAAAUGACAGCUCUGAUGUGGCUGAAACUCGAAAAAAUUGGGUCAAAAGUCUUCACAACAUUGUUGGGGAAUACGUUCUUCACAAGAAUCCCAGAUAUGCGUAUGCGAAUUACCGCGACUAUGAUUUGGGCAUCAACAAUCCCCAUGGGGAAACCACCAUUGAGCAAGCUAAGAAAUGGGGGAUUCCGUAUUUUAAAGACAACUUUGAUAGACUUGUCAAAGUGAAAAAUCAGGUUGAUCCAGAGAAUUUCUUCAGGAAUGAACAGAGUUUCCCUGUGUUUCCAGCUCAUUCAGAGUUAUAA